AUGCAAAAGGAAGCAAAGCAACAAUACAUGUAUGAUGAAAAGUACAAAGAAGAGCGAGCUAAGUCAAAGAACGAUUAUUACGCUAACAUAAUAAAAGUUCAAAAGGAAAAGGAAGAGUUAAGUUGUAAAAUUAACAAAGUUCUCCGAGAGAUGUACAAGUCUAGAGACACGCCAGGGACAAAACAAGUCUAUGAAAAUUUCAUACAACAUCAAGAAGAGAAAAGAAAAAGUUUGGAAAAGUUAAUGGAAAUCAACAAUAAAUUAGGAAUGAAUCGCUCAGUAAAACAAGAAAGCGAAGAAAAAGACAAAGAAAUAAAAGCCCGAGAGAAAAGACUAGAAAUAGCAGAAGCCAACAAAUUAAAAGCUAGAUGUACUAAGGAAAUAGAAUGUGACCAAGCUAAUAAGCUCUCUUCCGACCGACAAAGUUUAAUUGUAAUAAACAAGGGCCGUAUAAAGAAAAAAGAAAGAGAUAUUGGAGAAUAUGACGAAAAUCCUCCUCCACAUUUCGGGCCAUGUAAUAAAUUAAUGUCAGCGCUCAAGAAACGCAUUCAACAGCCGCCAUCAUGGACUGGUGCGAACACAGCGCACCAGGAGUUCGCGCGUAACGCCGACAUAAUGCUACGAGAUUGCAAGUAUAAGCGCCCCGGGAGGAAAGUUGUUGACAUGUUAGCUUUCAUGGGAGCCACUGCGUUCAGACCACCAGAUCUCAAGGAGAGCAUCUGCAGUUGUGGUUGA